AUGAUCGCCCAAUCCUUAAGCUCGGCGUACGCCAACCUUCACACCAAUGCGGAGCGGAUGAAUGACACCCUACAGUUCUCCUGCCAAUGGGGGAGCACCGAGGAUGGUGGAAUGAACCGACUCUCUGGAAACGACGACGACAAAAAGGUUCGUGACUGGUUCAUUGCCGAAACGGCCAAAUACGGUUGCACGCACAAGAUCGACGUGAUGGGCAACAUCUUCGCCAUUCGACCUGGCCAGAAUAACAGCCUUCCGCCGAUUGGCUUGGGAUCACAUCUUGAUACACAGCCUACCGGUGGAAAGUAUGAUGGCAUCCUGGGAGUUUGUUGCGCCCUGGAGGUUCUCAAGGUGAUACAUGAGAACAACAUCACCACGUAUGCGCCGCUGGCUGUGAUCAACUGGACUGACGAGGAAGGAGCGCGCUGGGCUCCGGCGAUGCUGGGCUCCGGGGUCUGGGGAGGUGUUUACACCACCGAGUACGCUCAAAACGUGGCGGAUCCAGAGGGAAUCACCCUCAAGCAGGAGAUUGAACGCAUCGGCUACGUGGGGGAUGUGCCGUGCUCGUAUGAAGCGAAUCCUUUGCUGGCACACUUUGAAGUUCAUAUUGAACAAGGUCCAAUACUGGACGAGGCUCAGAAGCCAGUGGGUCUCGUGAAAUCGGUGCAGUCUAUGCGAUGGUAUCAGCUGAAUCUCCGAGGCCGGUCGGCGCACACUGGCAGCACGCCCAUGGAUCGACGAAACGACACCUUGCUGGCCGCUGCUAAGAUGAUUGUGGCUGUGAACGAGGUGGUCACCACCCCUGAAAUCGCCGCACGUGGAGCCCGGGGAACUAUUGCGGUCAUCAACUCCCUUCCCCAGAGCACCAAUACCAUCGCGGGCGAGGUGAGCAUGAAUCUGGACCUGCGGUCCCCCGAAGAUGAAGGCGUCACAGAGCUUGAACGACUGUGCCGGGAAAGAUUUGAGAAGAUAUCUAAGGAGCUGGGAGUCGCUAUGGAGAUGAACCCCUUCUGGGAAUCUCCAGCCACAUAUUUCGACGAACAGAUGAAAGACUGCAUUCGAGCCUCGAUGAAACAAUAUGAGUGCUCCCACGAAAUCGUCAGCGGAGCAGGGCACGACAGUGUGUACACGUCAAAGAAGGUCCCUACCGCAAUGAUCUUCGCCCGUUGCAGAAACGGCGUGAGCCACAAUCCUGCCGAAUACAGCCGGCCAGAAGACUGUGCGGCGAGUGCAGAAGUUAUGCUGGGCGCCUAUUUACAGUACGACGAGAUUAUCAGACAGAAACAUGAGAAGAAAUAG